ACUAUAUUGCGUCCGAGUGUUUUAUUCUAUGUUACAUAGUCUAAUUUUCAUAAAGUCAAAAAUCAAUAUGGCCGCUCGCCGCUGUUUAGCAAUGAGCGAAUAGCUUUGAAGUUUCGUGCUACAUAAUAUAUCUAAUCGGGCGUGGAGUCGUGUUUGUUUGGUUAUAUAUUUAAACUUUACUACAAUGCGUCGCAGAAGCGAAAAAGGGGCUGGUAAGAAACCAAAGACCUCACCCGAGAAAAAAGAGAAAGAUAAACCAGAAAAAUUAAGGCGUACUAGGAGCAGGCGGAGGAAACAAUCUUCUUCUUCUGAUAAUGAAUCUGCAGGAGAAACAGUACCAACAGAAACUUCUGUUGUUUCUGAACCCUUACCGGAGAUUAUUCAAGCUGCUACGAAAGAGGAAAGUCCAGAACUGUCACAAGAGCAAGUUUGGCAUGUGAAGGCGGCAGAUACUUCUAGUGAUGGCGGCGAAAUUCAGAAAUUAAAGAUUUGUCUCACACGCCCUCCCUCUACCCCGGAACGUGUUGAUAGAUCCCCUCGCAGUAAAAGGAAGCAUUCGCGUGCCACAAGCUCUAGCGAUACCCCUAGUGUCGAUGACGAUGAGAAAAAGAAACCAAAAUAUCGAACGCGAAAAUCUACCGCAGAAAUAAUAGAAUCGUCAGACAAAAAUGUUGAUGAACCAGGAGAUGAAAUGGAAUCUAAGUCUGAAGUUCAACCAACAAAAUCCAGCUCUGAAAUCAGUCAGAGUAGUGAGGCUCAGAAAUCCAAAGAAUGCAUACCUGAUGAAACUCCCAUGUCUACUACAAAUGAUGAGGUCAAAGAAAAAGUUGUUUCUGAAGACAAUAAUGAAGAGAGUAUCAAUACAGGAGUUGAUGAAAAACAAGUUCAGGCUCAAACGUCUGAUGCUGAUACAACUGUUGCAUCACCAAAACAAGAGGAGGCAGUUAUAACUGAGACAAAAAGUCCAGAAAGAAAAAGAAGCCCUUCAUUGGAACGAUCCGAGGUUUUGGAAUUGCAUGCUGAAGAAAUAAGGUGUGAAUCUUCAGAAUUAAAGGAACCUCAGGAAGAUGACUCAAACAAUCCAGGUAUAUUGCAAAAGGAUGCAGAAACUUCCCAAAAUUGUAGUAAGGUAAGUAUAAAUGAAGCUGAAAAUGAGGUUUCAGAACAAAAAGAGUCUCCUUCUGAGGUUCUUACUUCUGAUAGUAAAAAUGAUGUUGUAGAGAAUAACUAUGAAGAAAAAUUAGAAUCCAGCAGUAAAGUCGAGACCAACAUUGACGAUUCUGUGACAAAUAAAGUCACUUCAAAAGAAGAAAUAAAAAUGGAGGUUGAAGCUGCAAAACCAACAGAAGAUGUAAAAGUGGAGGUUGAAGCUGCAAAACCAACAGAAGAUGUAAAAGUGGAGGUUGAAGCUGCAAAACCAACAGAAGAUGUAACUAAUGGGCAAUCUGCUCCACUUGUUAUAAACAGAAAGAGGCGUUGGGGUUCACGACCAGUAAAAUUACAAUCUCAAAAGUCGAUAACAAUUUCAACUGAUGUUCUUAAAGAAAUAAUACCAGACGUCAAGCCCACUGAAUUUGAGGAAGUUAUUGAAGAGAGAAAACAUAAAAGAAUUGAAGUCAUAGAAAAAAUUGAAAGACCAGUGUUGCCAAAAAUAGUAAUUGACAAUACAGAAAAUGUUAAUCACAAGAAAGACGUAGAUGAAAAAGACAAGGAAAAUAUGAGAAGUUGUGACACACAAAUAGGUUCAUCAAGAAAAAUUUCCAUUGUAAAAGAAAAUGAUAGUAUUAUUUCAAAGCCACCAAGUCCACCGAGACACCAACAAUCAAAUAUUCUUUAUAUCACCAAUCUGGUCAGACCUUUUACUUUACCACAAUUGAAGAAUUUAUUGCAACGGACAGGAAGAAUUAUUGAGAAUGGCUUUUGGAUUGAUAAGAUUAAAUCAAAGUGCUUUGUUAUUUAUGAAAAUGAAGAACAAGCCGUUGAAACAAGACAUGCAUUGCAUGGAGUGACAUGGCCCGUAUCUAAUCCUAAGUCUUUGCAAGUGGACUUCUCAACACAAGAAGAUUUUGAUAAGGCAAAAGCAAAUGAAGAUAAGAAUAAUGCUCAGGCCUCUACCAUUCCUGGAACUGUUGAAGAUUGGCUUCGCGAGCAAGACAUGAAAAGAGAAAAGGGUGAAGCGGACAGACCAUGGGAGAGGAAGGCAGCUAUGCGGGAGUGGGACUUAGGGAAGAACGAAAAGAUUAAAGAGAAAGAAAAACACCCCAAAGAAGAGAGACCAAUUGAUAAGCGGAGACAUCGGUCACCUGAAAGAAGCCCUGAACCAGCGCGGAAAUUUAAAAAGAAGGAAGAAGAAGCACCUGCAAAACUUUUAGACGACUUGUUCAGAAAAACUAAGACCACUCCUUGCAUAUAUUGGCUUCCACUCUCUGCUGAAACGAUCGCAAUUAAAGAGGAGCAGCGACGGCAGCACAUGGCUGAAUACGAGCGACGAAUGCACGAAUCUCGGCGUCCGCCUCGCAGACAUAAAGCCGUCAACAAGUGCAUCACAAUGAUUGGCACGUUGUAUAUAUGGGUGGCGUUGCUGGCACUUACAGCAGCGCAAGACCCGUUCACGCUUGAGGACUUUGUCUCUGGCUCUUUUUCCCAACGAGGAUUCACUGGAAGAUGGAUAUCAGAUACGGAAUUCACAUUUACCGUGCCAGGAGAGUCCGGUAUUUAUGUGUUUGACGUUCCGACGCUCCAACGCCGAGUACUCGUUCCUGGAGAACUUAUGGGUUUCUUAAACACCAAUAAUCCAAUAUUAUCAGCGGAUAGAAGUUACAUUCUGGCACCAAGUGAAGUAGAGUCUGUGUAUCGUUAUUCAACAACAGCCAAGUACACUCUGUACAAUAUCGAAACACGCGGCGUUGUGAAUGUUUCAAACCACGACCGCUUGCAGUUGUGUAUAUUUGGUGGAGGCCAUUCUCUUGCGUAUGUUCUAGACAACGAUUUAUAUUAUUUACCCGAAAACUCGACAGAGGCAAUAAGGAUCACCGAUGAUGGUAUACCCACAGUUAUUUACAAUGGACACGCGGAUUGGGUGUAUGAAGAGGAUGUCAUGUACACGGGACAGGCCACUUGGUUUUCGCCGGACGGCAGCUAUUUGGCGUUCGCGAGUUAUAAUGACACCCAGGUCGGGACCUAUUCGUACUAUUAUUACGAAGACGAAAGCAAUCCUGACGACUUGUAUCCAAAAUUGGUUGACUUGAAAUAUCCCAAGGUCGGCGACACAAACCCAACGGUAACUCUACGUGUGGUAGACUUACGGAAUAUACAGACUACUGGAGUUAAUUUCCUUGUUCUCGAAGCUCCAGUGGAAGUUGGAGAAGACCAUAUUUUGGGAGGAGUAACUUGGCCGACCGCUAAUGAGAUUGCAGCACAUUGGUUGAAUAGAAGGCAAAAUAAGACUGUAUUAAGGAUUUAUAAUGUACAGACUAAUCAGUUCGAGGAUGAAGAACGCGAAGAACAAGACGGCUGGGUGCCGAUCGCCUUACCUCGCUUCAGUAGGGCUGGUGAUUUCUACGUAUCCACACGCUGGUCAUUGGAACAGGCAGAUGGACACGCGUGGCAGCAUCUGUAUGUGACUAUGAGGGUUAAUGGAAGCCAAGUCUCCAGCUCUGUUACACCCGGAGCCAGGACUGUGAACAAUUUCGUUGGGAUGGAUGAGGAUAAUUUGGCCUACUACUACACAAGCACAAUACCGGGUAGUCCAUGGAGGUCAGCUGUCCACAUAGCGGGUUCAAGGAUCGGCUGUUUGUCCUGCGAGAUAGAGAUGCCAGAAGGUGGAGCCUGUACUUGGGCCACAGCUACUGCCAGUUUAGGAGGCACUUACCUGACUAUCACUUGCAGUUCUACAAAUGAACCGUCGGCUACCUAUAUAUACCAACCAUUGACUCAAACUAUCUUGUACAACUGGGAGUUAAAUGACCAAUUACGGGUCAACCUCAGGAAUAAAGUUAAGCCAGGGUCCAUCAUUACAACCGUCCCACUUGCGAACGGGUAUCCGGCACCCGUGAGGCUAUUUCUACCCCCAGGAUUAGAUAUUAACAACACCACGAUUAAAUACCCCUUAGUGUACUACGUGUAUUCUGGACCCAACACCAACACAGUUUACGAUACAUUUACAGUGGGAUACCAUUCGUACUUAACUACAAGUCGCAAUACAAUCUACAUGUUGGCUGAUGGAAGAGGGGCGGGUCUCAACGGUAAAGAUAUGCUAUUUUCUAUCAACAACCGCCUUGGAACGGUUGAGAUUGAAGAUCAUUCUGUUAUUUUAAAACAAGUACUAGACCGCUAUCAGUUCAUAGACCGAAGCCGUGUGGGUAUUUGGGGUCACAGUUAUGGAGGCUACGCGACCCUUUUAACCCUUCUUCAUGAUGAAGAGAAUUUAUUCCAAUGCGGGGUCUCUGGAGCACCUGUAACUUCGUGGCUGUAUUAUAAUACAAUGUACACGGAACGAUACAUGGGUCGACCAACUCCCGACGAUAAUCUAGAAGGCUACCAGCGAGGUGACGUCACACUUCUAGCAGAGAAGCUGCGCGGACGCAACUUCUAUUUAAUGCAUGGCAAUGCGGAUGACAACGUUCAUUACCAGAAUGCAGCUAAGCUCAUGAAGGCGUUGCAAGAACGGGAUAUUCCAUUUGAACAAAUGUCAUAUCCUGACGAGGCGCACAGUCUUCGAGGUGUCAACAGGCACAGAUAUAGAACCAUGAAUGUCUAUUGGGAGAAGUGCAUUGAGAUGCCGAAAGAAGAUUAGAAAUAAGUUUGAAAAUAAAUUUUUAUUAUUA